GAGAUUGUUUGACGUAAGGCGUUAUCCGCGUGAACAUACUACUUGAAAAACGAGAGUUUGAAAAUAUUUCAAAACAAUAUGAGGUUACGUGAUACAUUUAGAAGACAUAUCUGAAAGAUUGGAACAUACUGAAAGAGAAGGAUUUGAUAAAAUAUCGUUGGUGGAAAAAUAUUUUGCUACCCCAUGUUUUAAGGGGAUCGCAUAAUUCUGUUCCUCUUGAUGCAGAUAAUAAAAUGUAGUGAACAUUGAACACUCAUAACAAAUAUGAAGACAAGUUCACUAGUGGUAUUUAUUUCAUUUAAUAAAAGUUAAAUGAUGAUGACAUUUUGAUACCAACUUUAUUUUAUUAGAUUUUUAUAAAUAUAUCAAAUGACAGAUGUUUAAAAUUAUGACAUUUCAAAAAGAUAAACCCAUGUACACUGGAGGAAGUAUAACUAAGGAUGCAAUUACCCAGGAGCAGUUUACUCGAGAAUUAUCUAUGCGUCUCGAACAACUGUCAUUAGAACGUAAUGUUCAUGUAACGGAUGAAUAUUCAGAUAGUUCUUUUUCUCCAUCAUUUAUAUCAAGGCGUAAAACAGAUUGUACGGUUCAUACAAAUAAAUCUGUACCAAAUGUCCAGACGAAUUUAUGUAAAAGAAGCAGUAUUCAACAACAAAAUACCAUUCAGAUGAAUUCAUUAUUACAAAACACAAAGAAAUAUUUAGCAGUUCAUGUUCAGUCGGAUAGUUCAAAACUUUUAGAUCUACAAUCAUCAAUUAACGAAAGUUUUGAGAAAAAAGCAUUCAGUGGAAGACUUUUUUCAGAGAAUGAUGCUGAAAAAUAUUUUCCAAAUAAUCAUAAACAAAAUAAACCUUCGGUAUAUGGUAUUCCAAAGCAAUACAAAACUUCUAAAUCGAAACCAUGUAAUACUUGUUAUCAGAAAGUUGAACAGUACACUUCAACCGAUAUCGAAUACUUUGAACAAAAGGGGGAGGAUGUUGAAAUAAUAGAAGAGGAUAAACACAUGGUUGAUGAAAUAUCUAAUCACAGUGAAAGUGACCAAGAAAUAGAAUGCUUAGACGACGAUAAUCUAAUCAAUGAUGAUAAUUCUAUAACGGAUAUAUCGGACUCAGAAGCAUCGUGUGUAAGAAGAUUAAGUAAUUUACCUGAAGAAGUUCUACCACCAGUUAUCGCAUCUUUGUUUCCCAACACACCAUCUGUUUUACGUUUUGUUGAUAAUAAACGAACUGUACCAAAACUGCCGAAACCUUACAGAUAUCGACUUCUUUGGCGUCCAAGUGCUAUUACACCUAACGUGGUUAAACGUGUCCUAAGACGUUCAAACUUUCGUAUUACAUUAAAAUCACCUGAAUGGAUUGGAUACUAUGGAAAUCAUCUAAAACCAUUCGGUUUUCGUUCGAUACGUGAAUAUCAAAAAGUGAAUCACUUUCCUGGUUCAUUUCAAUUAGGUCGUAAAGAUAAACUAUGGAUAAAUUUAAGUCAAAUGCUUUCACGUUUCGGUAAAAAGACAAUUGACUUUGUACCGAGAACAUUUUGUCUGCCUGGAGAUUUAAAAUUGUUAAAAGAGUUUUGGACGCGUUGUGAGACGACAAAUAUGACAAUGUCAAAUACUACUGGAUUAAACUCACGACCUAGAUGGAUCAUGAAACCGCCUGCGUCAGCUCGUGGAAUUGGAAUCAAGUUAGUUCGUUCUUGGUCAGACAUUCCUAAACAACGCCGUGUAAUUAUUCAGUCAUACGUAAACCAGCCAUAUUUAAUUAAUGGGACAAAAUUUGAUAUAAGACUUUAUGUCUAUGUGGCAGGAUUUAGCCCAUUUCGUGCUUAUGUUUAUCGAGAAGGCUUAGUAAGAUUCGCUUCUCAAAGAUAUUCUACUUCAAUUCAACAAUUGAGAAAUCGUUUCGUUCACCUAACAAAUUACUCUGUCAAUAAGUAUAAUAAAUCUGAAGAAAGUUUUAUAUCCAACCAUAAGUGGAAAUUGACUACAUUAUGGUCAUAUUUAAAAGAACGUGGAGUGGAUAUACCAAUUCUAUGGGCUCGUAUAACUGAUAUGGUUUUCAAAACAUUAGCAUCAGUUGUUAGCUGUAUUACUGCAAUGGUUGAUCAGAACUGUCGAAGACGUGCUUCAGUUUAUGAACUAUUCGGUUUUGACAUAAUAUUAGAUGCAGAUCUCAAACCAUGGCUCUUGGAAGUUAAUGUGUCACCAAGUUUACACACAAAUACGCAACUCGAUGAUGAGGUGAAAACAGCCGUUGUUAAGGAUAUGUUCAAUAUAUGCGGGUUUCAGCUGCCUCCAGAUUAUCGUCCAUCACCAUCAAUGUCAUCGAAAUCAACAGCUACAUCAAUGUCAGUAAAUAAUGGUCAUCAUCACCAGGGGAAAUAUGCAAAUUUAAAUGCAACUGAUAAAGGAUUAUUUCCACAGUCCACGUCAUCACUGUGUGACCAAAGUCGGUCUUUUAUGCUACGUAACAAUAAUAGUAAUGAUGGUACCAGUAGUAAACUGUCUAACAAAAGUGCUACAGGUUCUCCCAGUGUUUGCAUUUCACAAUAUCGUAAUUCAUCUGCAUCAGUGAUAGCAACAAUGCAGAAAGGCUACUAUCCGGUGAAUGGAUUACCUCCACCAAGUCCAUCGAUUAACAAUAAUGCGCAUCUGAAGAGAUCCAUUUCAUCGUUAUCCACUAAAAUUACACCGAAUUCAACGAAUUGCAAAAACUCUCCCAGCCAAAGUAACAUGAGUAAUUCUAAUUGGUUGUUAAAUAGCAUAAGUAAUAAGAUAGCCAUUGACCCAUAUAUACCUAAGACAGAUCCACGUGUAUGGGAUAUCAGUUUGUCAGCAGAAGAUAAGCGGAAACACCUAUUUUACUCAUCAUUAUUGACAGAUAAGGAAAAGAACAAGGCAACGCAAAUAUCAAAUAGAUCGAGUAAAUCUAGUGAAAAGAAUGUCAACGGUAAACGCGAUGACCGAAAGGAUCCUAUGAACAUUUUACGUCACAUGUUGUUGGAAUUAUCUCCUGAUGAUCUUCGCACCCUUAUCAACCUAAUAGACGAACGUUACCGUGCUGCACUGGGCGAUUUUCAGUGUAUAUUUCCUGUACAUGGAUCAGAAGGUUAUCGUAUGUUGAAAUUUCUUCAAGCAGCUUACCAUGUAAACACAAAUGGUGGUACACUGAGCUCACGAUCACCAUCCGUCUAUUAUUAUGAUAUACUUCAAUAUGCAUUUUUAACAGUCUUUCAUAAUACUGAAGACGAUGAAAAUUAUUCCUGUGAUUCAUUUACCCAUUAUAAUUUUGAGAACGUUUUACCAGAUCUAACAACACUCAUGUCAGGCGAAUUGACACCGGAAUCAAUGUCCAUAGCAUGUAGCAUGACUGGAGUUUCUACAAUAGGUCUAAACUACCUUAUCAAUUUAUGUAAGAAAGGUAUACACUUGAUUACUUCGGAAUAUUUUUCACGAUCCAACCAAUUUUUCUGGACACAAAGCGAUAAAAUAUCUAAGCCAGUAAAUUACAGUUCUCACCAUUCAUCUACACGUCUAUUCAAUGAAAUUGACAAUCCUUUUACUUUACUGACUCGUAAGAAUGAUGACUCCUUGAAUACUUCACAUGAAAAUUUAAAUAAUUCCACGAAUAAUUCUAAAACUAAGGAGAAUUCAGUUCAAACACUGUCAAUUACACCUUCAUAUUUUAGAGAGGGCAUUAAUGAUGAAGAUCGGAAUCAGCUACAUCAGGAAUUUCAUCCACUUGAUAAAACUCAAAAUCUGCAAUCAUCAAAAACUUCUGUUCUGCACCAAGCACUAUUUACAAAACCUAAUCUACAAAAUAUUCAACCCAACCGUAACACCUUUAUUGAACCUAAAGUUCAUAAAGAAAGUCAGAAUAGUAGUGACACAAAACAGUGCAACACAAAUGACGGUAACAAUGACUAUGUUCUCAAUGAUAUCAAAAAGUCCAAAGUUGCAGUUAAGAGAUCAUCAUCAACCUCAAAUAUCUUGACAAAUAAACAUUUCACGUUUUCUUCAUCUCAAGCUAAUCUGACUAACUCAAAUGAAGAUGUUUUUUCUAAAACAGAUGGAUUGUUUGAGUACAAAAUAAAGAAAGGCACAAUUAUGCCAACAACAGUGUCUUAUGCAACUAGAAACACAAAAUCUGCUAGAUAUUUAACAUCAUCCUCUAUUUCAUCAGAAACAGCAACAAAAUGUUGUGGACAGUGUAUUUUGCAGCAAAUAAAUUCAAAAUAUGCCAACGAUAAACUUAAUGAGACACAUAAAAUAAUAGAACAUAAGCAAAGUGAUUGUAGUAGUCUCAAUGAAUCAUCUAGACCUUCAGCAUAUCAGCAUACUAGAAAUAGUUGUUUCAGCCCCAUCGAUUUCGAUGAUCAAAGUGUUAUUGUAUAUACGGGACGAGAACAAGAAGAAAUGUUUAAUAAUCAGUCUAAAAAUCAUGCCAAUCUAAGGCUUAGUAGCCUAAAUCAAUAUCAAAGUGCUAAGUCCGCUAUCAACGUUUUACCAGUUAGAUCAUAUUCGCAAGAAAGGAGAGUAGUUUUAGAGCAUUAGUAUCCAAAUAUUGGACCGACCCAAGGUUUUUCUGUGGUGAAUGAUUAGCUAUCAUUUGUUAUUGACAAUCUUCCUGCUACUUCUGACCGUACAUAAACAAAAACCCGAAUGCAUGACUGUCCAGUUAAAAUUAUUCAACUCAAAGCCAUGAAGUCAACUAGCCAGAACUUUGAAUUAUCUACAUAAAAUGCUAGAUCAUUUUGUGUCGACACCGCAAACUACUACUGAUACCGACGCUUACUAUUCUAUCUGGUUACAGUAUACAUAUAUUACCAAAUUAAGUGAAUUUAAAGAUUUCCGUUAACUCAAACAAUUUGUAGCGUAAUCAAUUCAAUAUUCAGCGGUAUACACAAAUAAUUAAACAUUGAACUUUUCGUAUUCCUCUAUUUUGAACAUUUUAUUAUUUAUUUAUUUAUGUAUUCAGUAUGAAAAUUUAUUCUUCAGUGAAUCAAAAAGAUUUUAUUUCUGUUUUCACUUUGUAUCAUUUUUAAAAGUAGUUAAUUUUCCUUUCCAAUUUUCUUCAUAUCAGACUUUAUUAGCUAGAAUGAAAAUAAUUUCUCAAAUUUUCAAAGUUUCUAUGCUUUUCAAUACACAAAAGUGAUAAUUUGUACUGUUAAUGUGUUGCAUAAAUGAAUUGUAGUGCUAGCAUUGUUGACAUUUUAACUUAAAAUGAACAAUUCUCCAUUCCAUCUAUUUAUCAGUUAAUAGGAUAAUAUAUUUGUACAUAACAAAAGAUGUAACUUGCUUUAAACUAAUUCAUGUUAUUUCAAUGAUGUCUUAUCUUCCAAAAAUUGCUAAUGACUAUGUACUUGUUCACUACAGAAGGCAUUUCUUUUGCUGUUUUCAAUACAAACACAUACAUACGUAAAUGUAUGUACAUAUUUAUUUGGUUAUGAAUGUUUACAAAGUAAACCUUGAUUCUGUUUAUUUAAAUCUCAAGAUAGGACAAUAAUGACAAAGCGAGGUGUAAUUAGUAUUACCAGAAAUGUCUACUACCACUGGUUAUUUUCAUUAAGCAAAGAUAGAACCUCUUUAUAUUGAAA